AUGAGUGUCGAUGGUGAGGACUUCGGACCCAUAAUAGAUUGCCAUCGAUCUCCGAACCAAUUCGGUGGUGCAACUAAAACCUCCAUCCAAUUGAAGUGCUAUUGCCUUGGCAACGGCACGUGCUUGUGCUUUAACACCCUCGAAGAAAGUUCUCGUGAUGAAAUGCCACUUGGGGUCAUCAUGGGGCGCGAGAUAGAAGACCAGAGCAAUUCGUUUGCCUCCGACGACAACAUUCACGGCAUUGGAAAUUUUCAACUACCAGACACCAUCAGCGAUGAGACCAAUUCAAGCAACAGCUGGGAGACCAGUUCAAGCACCAUCGAGGAGGACUUUUCAGUCAACAACGAGGAGAAUAUUUCAAUUAGCAGCGAGAAUAUCGAUUCGAAUACCGACGCGGAGGGCAACUCAACGGCCACACAAAACAUUCCUGGCAUUGGGAGGUUCCAAAUAGAAGAAACCAGAAGCGACGGUUAUAAGUGCGGCAUGUACGCUCUCGAGAUCAGUACCAACAAACAGUUGGCGGGCCGCACAUUGAUGCCGGCAGUCUUCGACGACAUCUUCAGGGGCCCGAUCAUGCGAGCCUUCAACCGGCAAAGGGGGUAUCGAAACAGAAACGAUUUCCACGACGAGCAGCUCGCCUACAUCCUGCAAAUUUGGGGCCGCCAAGAACGCUACGGCAAGUUGCAGCUCGGCGUGAUCCUUGAGGGCGGUUCGUGUUACAUUUUAGGAGCCGAAGACAAGAUGAUUUUUGUGGACACGGCGGCGAUCAUGGAGACCGAGCUCCAUCUUGGCUUCACAACCAUCUGGGUCCACAACGACGAUAUAAUGCGUCGCCAGGGUGCAGCAAUCAACCACUACUCCGGCAUCACGUUAAUUGAUACGGAAAAGGAGCAGGAUGGCACUAGAAGAAAUGAGGCAGAGAAGCAGGAAGCAGUACCGGAGUGCAAUGAGCCCCAGAGGAAGAAACGGAAGUUAUGGCAUGGAAAUCAAAGCAUAACCACUUAA